AUGUUUGUUUCUAUACUCACCAACAAUACUACGACCUCACUUAGAGCUAAAGAGAUAAUCGCGGCCUCUAGAAAUGUUGAGAAUGCUCCGCUAGAGCUAGAGUUCGAAUCUAUCAUACGCCGCCCGCCCGCUCCUAACACGAAUGAAUGGAAUAUCACAUUCACGGCUAAGGAUCUUACUGCGUGCUGCGACUAUGCCUUUCCGGAGGCCUUAAUAUUAUCGCUAUCGCCAUGGGAGUUGAAUACCAAGCUUGCUUUUUAA